CACAUAUAUGUGUGUGUGUAUAAUUUAUCAAUCAACUGCCCCUUCUAAUGUCAUAAUAGUCCAUAUGGUCAGUCAUCACUGCUCGCAAAGAACGCUCCUUUCUCACUCUGACCUAAUCUUCUUACUUCCUGCCGGCUCCAGCCAAUGCCUAAUAACUCCCCCCCACACACAACCAUCAUUGAAUUUUCAACAGAUUCAUUCAAUUCCCCACUUUCCAAAUUACGCAUUGCAUCUCAACUUCAUCUGAGAUUUUGAUCGAAACAAUCGACGAUGCUACUGGUUUAUGUUAUCUUCGUCGCAGUCCUUUUAUGUGUUCUUCGAUUUUUAUCGAAAACAUCUGUUCUUCACAUCAUUGCCGCGUUUUGGCAAUCGUUAGAAGAUAGAUUGUACUUGUAUCAGUCCUACAAAGUACCCCAAUUCAACGAAAAUCUACAGGAAAACCUGCUCUACCGCAAAGUGUACACUUACUUGCAUUCUCUCCCUUCCGUGGAGGACUCCGAUUUCACGAACCUCUUCACAGGAUCCAAGCCGAACGACAUCCUUCUCCGCCUCGAUCCGGCUCAGAGAAUUUCCGACUCGUUUCUUGGCGCCAGGCUUUGGUGGACGAGCGAGAAAUCCGAUAGCGAUGCCGGAAGAGCGUUCGUGUUGAGACUGAGGAAGAAAGAAAAGCGUCGAGUCUUGCGUCCGUACAUGCAACACAUUCUGUCCGUUGCUGAUGAUAUCGACCUAAGGAAAGGCGAGAUCAACCUGUACUUGAACAUGGAGAAUGGUUCCCGCGAAAACGGACGGUGGAAAUCGGUUCCGUUCAGUCAUCCUGCGACCAUGGACACGGUUUUGAUGGACGGCGACUUGAAGAACAAGGUAAAGUCUGACCUCGAGCUCUUCGUCAAAUCCAAGCAGUACUACCAUCGACUAGGCCGUGUUUGGAAGCGUAGUUAUCUUCUCUACGGCCCGUCCGGUACCGGAAAAUCGAGUUUCAUCGCCGCAAUGGCCAGGUUCCUCUGUUUUGACAUUUACAACAUCGAUUUAUCUCGAGUCUCCGAUGACUCCGACUUGAAGAUGCUCCUGGUACAAACCACGACCAAAUCACUGAUCGUGAUAGAAAAUCUCGACGAGUUAUUGUCAGCGAAAUCAACGGCGGUGAGCCUCUCCGGGAUACUCAGCUUCAUGGACGGAAUCAUCUCGUACUGCGGGGAAGAACGGGUGAUGGUGUUCACAAUCAACGGCAAGGAUCAAGUUGAUCAAACGGUGAUAAAACCGGGAAGGAUCGACGUUCACAUACAUUUCCCGCCGUGUGAUUUCUCUGCGUUUAAGAGUUUGGCCACCAGUUGUUUAGGGGUCAAAGAGCACAAGCUGUUCCCCCAAGUGGAGGAGAGUUUCCAAAACGGUGCGUAUUUGAGCCAAGAGGAGAUAAGCGACAUCAUGAUUGCCAACAGAAACUCGCCUUCUCGGGCACUGAAAUCCGUUAUCUCCGCUUUGCAGUCCAACAAACUGGGCCGGAGAUUGAGCGAUUACGGGUCGGGUCAAUUACUUGAGGAGUCGGGUGAUUCCGGAAGCUUGUUUAGCAGAGAGAGUGUUCAUGUGAAGGAGUUCAAAAAGCUGUAUGGGUUUUUGAGAAUUGGAAGCAGAAGGAAAGAGGAGCCAUUAGAUUUAGCUUCUGCAGAUAAGCAGGUCCAGCUUAAUUAAAAGCGCUUAUUCUUCACAGUAGAGCUUUUUCUUUUUUUUCCUUUCCUGAUUACUUUAAAUUCAAAAUAGAAAGUGCGUAACUCAACUGUAAUUUGGGACAUAAACCCUGUACAAUUUCUGAUUUCAUUGCUACAGUUUGGAGUAAAAAAACACUGUAUUAUUCUUUUC